AGCAGGUACAGUAGGUCCUAGGGGUGGAGGGAAGCCUGCAGGAGAUGGUGGAACGGGGCAGCCAUUGGUCCUGCAGCAUCUUCUCUGCCUGGGGGUGAGCUCUGCCCUCGCUGAGUGAUUUUUUCUCAACUUUCUUCCUAGCGAUGAAAAUUAAAAUCAGAAAUAUGAUUUUUUUGGGCACUGCUGGAGUAGGACUGGCGCUCCUUGGUGCCCCGGCAAUCGUCUCUGCAUUGGGGUUUAAGGCGGGCGGCGUCACUGCGGGGUCCGCGGCUGCCAAGAUGAUGUCGGCGGCUGCCAUAGCCACCAGCGGAGGAGUGGCUGCCGGCAGCAUCGUGGCCGUGCUGCCGUGGCUCGGAGCGCUUGUGUCCCUUGGGAGCUCUGGUCAUUACCAGAAGGGAGAGCUGGAAGGGCUCGGCCGUGCUGAGGGAGCAGAGCCCCUGCAUUGUGGUGAACUGGCAUCGGAGCCGCAGGACUCUCUGCUGGUGCCCAAGUGGGGCUGACAUCAAUCCUGGGGACACUCGGUGGAGCAGUUGGUGCCAUUUGUUUUUAGGGGAGCACAGCUCCAGGUGGCAAACCCAAGGAAUGCCAGGAGGCAGCGGACGGUGCAAGGAAGAGCCCCGCCAGCCCAGCUGCUCCUCUGCAGCCGCGCAGGGAGCUGCCAACGUACUUGAGCAUUGAGCACAUGGAAAAUAAUAAAAAUGGCUUUGCAGGUG